AUGGUGUUACUCACAAUGACAUCCUCCAUCGUGGAGGCAUUGGCGACUGUUCAACCGCCAGAAACACCAAACAGCGAAGAUCAUGACAGCGAAAACGAGACCCAAGAAUCAUCACAACCUACAAACGAACCUUCUCUAGACGACCCUCAAAUCGGAAAGCCCAUCUCUCAUAGCCAGAUUGUCGACCUAUGGAAGCGCUCACAAGCACAAGACGAUACAAACUACACUCUCGAACAACUCCUUCGCGGCGCAUCCGUCUACAUCCCUCCACCACCUCCCAAACCUGAACCUUCUCCCGAAUACAAAGCCCUCAUGGCCCGUCUCCGCCGUCAAGAAGAAGCCCGCUCCUACGAACGAAUGAUGAACCCUACCCCUAAACUCGAAACCUUCAAAGACCGUUUCCCUUCCAGCGCCGCUGCCUUUGCGGAAGUCAACCGUCCCACAUCAGCUUCAGAUAUCGGCGACGAGGAUAUUGCGAUGGAGGAAGUACACAAGCAAGUGACGCUGAUCAUCAACUUCUUGGUCAGUAUAGCUGGUGUUGCUGGAACACUUUGGGUUACGGCGCGAUGGUGGAGUUUGCCAGCAAGGCUAUUCCUGACUUUGGGUGGGAGCAUCCUUGUUGCUAUCGCGGAGGUGGUGGUGUAUAAUGCGUACUUGUGGAAGAUGGACGAGGGGAGGAAGAAGCAUGGCAAGGUCAAGGAGGUGAGGGAAGUUGUGGAGAGUUGGACUGUGAGUAAGAUCGAUGAGGAGGAUGAGAAGACAAUACUUCUUAAAGAAAAGGAUGACACGGGGAUCAAAUCAGCGAAUGGAGGUUUGAACAAAAGGUCUGGAACUACAACACCCUCCACGUCGCGACCACGCGCCAAACCACUCCGAACAUAUGGCAAACGAAGUACACGGGACGACUCCCCGCGCGAAACGAGCCUCAAGAAGCGACGCAUAUCGACAGAAACAAGUCCUACCGAAACGCCAGCAUCCAAAGAUACUGAUAAAGAAGCGCAAUCUUUGCCAAAGAUAGAACCAGAGGAAACCAAGAACGCGGCCGAGUGCCCAAGCAAACCCGUCAAGAAGGGGUCAAUCUUGAGCUUCUUUAAGCCUAUUCCUUCUUCAUCAACAGCCGCGUCAAGUCCAAAGAGUGACGAACUGCAACCCGAAUCACCUCCAUCUUCGCCACCGCCAAGAAUAGAAAUACGAAAGAAACCACGUCUGUUGCGCUUCCGUGGCGCUUCACUACCUCUACUAGACGGCGAGAAUACCGAAGAUGAUAAUCAGACGGAAGAAGGGAGUGGCGCGAAACCUACAACACCAGCUCUAAGGGAGAGUUCAUUGAGUCGAGAGUCUAGCAGCGACGUGAAAAUAGGCAAGAAGGGAAAGGCGAAACCACCGACUGUACAAACGACACUGAAUCUUUCAUCUCAAGCGGCAUUUUCUGAGUGCAAGGUAUGCAAUACAGUUUGGAAUCCACUGUAUCCUGAUGAUGUCAAGUUUCAUACGAAGCAACAUGCGGCAGUUUUGCGGACGAGGAGAAAAGAGAAAGAGAAUGAAUUAUAA